ACGGAACAAUGGUUCCGCGUAAAAGUCAUCACAAAAUAUUACGGACGCGUCAGUACCCCGCACUCGUGUUUGUGUUUGUGUGUUAAACUUUUUCAAAUUGAAAUGCAAAUCCAAUUUUGUUAAUUUUUAGAACCAUAAAUAAUGACUAUCAAAAAACAAUUUGAAGAUUCUGCUCCCAUAAAAAGAAUUGAGGAUAAAUGGAAACUUGUCCCAGCUUUUCUUAAAGUAAAGGGUCUAGUUAAACAACACAUUGAUUCCUUUAAUUAUUUCAUCAAUACAGAGAUUAAAGAAAUUGUAAAAGCUAAUGGACGUGUGCAAACUGAUGCGGAUCCUGUUUGGUACCUAAAAUAUUUGGAUGUUCAUGUUGGGACGCCAGAUGUUGAAGAAUCGUUUAAUGUUUCAAGACCAGUGGCACCACAUGAGUGUCGCCUUCGCGACUUGAGUUACUCAGCACCAAUCACAGUAGACAUUGAAUAUACUCGUGGCAAUCAGAGAGUUGUACGAAACAAUUUGCCUAUUGGAAGAAUGCCAAUAAUGUUGAGAAGUUCAAAUUGUGUUCUUGCUGGAAAAAGUGAAGCCGAACUUGCCAAGUUAAAUGAAUGUCCUUUAGAUCCAGGUGGAUAUUUUGUUGUUCGUGGUUCCGAAAAAGUAAUUUUAAUACAAGAACAGUUAUCUAAGAAUAGGAUGAUUGUUGAACCCGAUAGCAAGAAAAGGCUUGUGAGUUGUUCUGUUACAAGCACAACUCACGAAGUAAAAAGUAGAACUUCGGUUAUUCAAAAGAAUGGAAAGUUUUAUUUAGCUCAUAAUACAUUCACAGAGGAUAUACCCAUAUGUGCCAUAUUUAAAGCUAUGGGCAUUGAAUCAGAUCAAGAGAUUGUUCAGAUGAUUGGAGUGGAAGAAGAAGUCUUAACAUAUUUUGCAGCAACUAUCGAGGAGUGUAGUAUGCUUCAAAUUUACACAAAAGUUCAAGCGAUGAAUUUUUUGACCUCCAAGAUAAAACAAAGACAGAUGUGGGGCCGUCCAAUCUCAAAGAUGGAUGAAUGUCGUCAAUUACUGAAUAAAACCCUGCUUGCACAUGUGCCAGUAUCAAAACUGAACUUUCGUCCAAAAGGAGCGUAUCUUGCUUUAAUGGUGCGAAGAAUAAUACUGGCUGUGAAAGGAGUUAUUAAAAUGGAUGAUCGAGAUUAUUAUGGCAACAAAAGACUCGAACUAGCAGGUCAACUUGUUUCUUUGUUGUUUGAGGAUUUGUUUAAAAGAUUCAACAUGGAGUUAAAGAAAAUUGCUGAUACCACGAUACCUAAACCAAGAGCUGCACAAUUUGACAUAGUGAGACAUAUGCGUCAGGAUUUGAUAACAAAUGGUUUGAUUAACUCGAUAUCAACCGGUAACUGGAUCAUAAAAAGAUUUAACAUGCACCGAGUUGGUGUGACACAGGUUUUGUCUCGCUUGUCUUAUAUAUCUGCCCUUGGAAUGAUGACAAGAAUUACAAGUCAGUUUGAAAAAACAAGAAAAGUCAGUGGACCUCGUUCUUUGCAACCUUCUCAAUGGGGGUUGUUAUGUCCCUCUGACACUCCUGAAGGUGAAGGGUGUGGUCUGGUAAAAAAUCUUGCCUUGAUGACUCAUGUAACUACUGAUCAAGUAGAGAAACCUAUUAGAAGACUGGCAUACAAUCUUGGUGUAGAGGACAUCAACCUGUUAUCUGGAGAAGAACUCAGUUCACCUUAUGUUUAUCUUGUAUUUUUGAAUGGUAAUAUUCUUGGAGUCAUCAAAAAUCACUUGCAUCUUAUAAAAACAUUUCGUUUAAUGAGGAGAGCCGGUUACAUCAACGAGUUUGUUUCUAUUUAUCCAAGUACAUCGCACAAAUGUGUCUACAUAUCUUCAGAUGGUGGUCGCAUGUGCAGACCUUACGUUAUUGUGAAGAAAGGUAAACCCAUCAUGAAACAAAGGCAUAUUGACGAACUGAUACAGGGAAUAAGAACAUUUGAAGAUUUCUUACACCAUGGACUGAUUGAAUAUUUGGACGUAAAUGAAGAGAACGAUUCGCAGAUAGCUCUAUACGAAGAAGAGUGUACAAAAGAAACCACGCACUUGGAGAUAGAACCUUUCACCUUAUUAGGUGUGUGCGCAGGUUUAGUUCCAUACCCCCAUCAUAACCAAUCACCGCGUAAUACGUAUCAAUGUGCCAUGGGUAAACAAGCUAUGGGAACUAUCGGUUAUAAUCAAAGAAAUAGGAUAGACACAUUGAUGUAUUUGUUAACAUACCCACAAAGACCGAUGGUGAAAUCAAGAACAAUUGAAAUUAUCAACUUUGAGAAACUACCUGCUGGACAAAACGCAACUGUCGCUGUGAUGAGCUACAGUGGUUAUGAUAUUGAGGAUGCUCUGAUAAUUAACAAAUCGUCACUGGAUAGAGGUUUUGGUCGUUGUCUGGUGUAUAGGAAGCAUGUGUGUCAGUUGCGUCGAUACGCAAAUCAAACGUUCGACCGUGUCAUGGGUCCUGGAAGGGAUUCGGUCACCGGUGAUAUAGUAUGGAAACACAAGAUACUGGAUAUUGAUGGUAUAUGUCAACCUGGAGAACGGGUUUUGGACAGACAACUUCUAGUAAAUAAGUCCGUACCUACAGUGACCAAUCAAUUGGCUCAAUCAGCAACAGGCAAACCAGCUCCACCAGAGUACAAGGAUGUUCCCGUAUCCUACAGAGGACCGAUCCCUGCUUAUGUAGAGAAAGUUCUUAUCACUUCCACCAUGGAGGAAGCUUUUCUGAUUAAAAUGUUGUUACGGCAAACUCGACGUCCUGAGAUUGGGGACAAGUUUAGUAGUAGACAUGGGCAGAAAGGCGUUUGUGGGUUGAUUGUAAACCAAGAAGAUAUGCCAUUCUCUGACCUCGGUAUUUGUCCAGAUAUUAUUAUGAAUCCUCAUGGUUUUCCAUCACGUAUGACUGUUGGAAAAUUGAUCGAGCUACUAGCAGGGAAAGCUGGUGUAUUGGAAGGCAAAUUUCAUUACGGAACAGCUUUCGGAGGAAGCAAAGUCGUUGAUGUUUGUGAGACGUUAGUACAGCAUGGUUUUAACUAUGCAGGCAAAGAUUAUAUCACAUCUGGAAUCACAGGAGAACCUCUGUGCGCGUACAUAUACAUGGGGCCUGUGUACUACCAAAAGCUUAAACACAUGGUGUUAGAUAAAAUGCAUGCAAGAGCGAAGGGUCCACGUGCUGUGCUGACUAGACAACCAACAGAAGGUCGGUCAAGGGACGGUGGUUUACGGUUGGGUGAAAUGGAAAGAGACUGUUUGAUUGGUUACGGUGCUAGUAUGUUAAUUUUGGAGCGACUGAUGAUAUCAAGUGAUGCGUUUGAAAUCGAUGUUUGUGGAAAGUGUGGUUUGAUGGGUUAUUCACAAUGGUGUCACUAUUGCCGUUCUUCACAUCACAUAUCUACUUUGCAAAUACCAUACGCUUGUAAGUUGCUAUUUCAAGAACUGCAAUCCAUGAAUAUUGUGCCAAGAAUCACAUUGGAAAAGUACUUAUCUUGACAGUGAGAGUUGGAUAAGGGUUCAGCUAUCAAGAAGUUAUUAGUGGUAAUGACGUAUGACGUCAUUACCGAAUUAUGGAUAAUUAUUAGUUGGGUUUUCAGCAAUUGGCUGGAAUUUGUGUUAUAAAAACGUUUUGUUGUUAAACGGAUGAUACAAUAAUAAUGAAUAUAUAUGAUUUUUUUCAAUCCA